CUCCGGGCCACUUGGUGACGGUAUUUCUUUCAGGUUCAGUUUUGUAAAACGCGUCAGAGAAGAAGAAUCCUCAGCAGUAUUUCGCCUUCUGGACUCAGUUUUAGAGGAUGGCCACUGUGGAGCAGUUGACCACUAUCGGGCAGGUUCUGGUCAACCCAGAUCUGGACCUGACGCAGCGCUUCAGAGCACUGUUCACCUUGAGGAAUCUGGGAGGUGCUGAAGCCAUAGAGUGGAUCAGCAAGGCUUUCACUGAUGAUUCGGCCUUACUGAAGCACGAGUUGGCCUACUGCCUGGGCCAAAUGCAGGACAGACGGGCCAUCCCCGUCUUGACAGCUGUUCUCAAAGAUACCAAGCAGGAGCCAAUGGUCAGGCACGAAGCAGGGGAGGCCCUUGGAGCAAUUGGUGAUUCAGUGGUUGUGGAAUUGCUGAAAGAGUACAGUCAGGAUCCUGUCAUAGAGGUAGCAGAGACAUGUCAGUUGGCUGUUUGUCGACUGGAGUGGCUUCUUAGUGGCGGAGAGACACAGCUGGAGGAUGGCAGUACUGAUAAGAACCCCUACUGCUCCAUAGACCCAGCUCCUCCAGCAUCCAGAAGGAGCGUACCAGAGCUACGCUCUGUGCUGCUAGAUGAAAGUCUGCCACUGUUUGAACGCUACCGGGCUAUGUUUGCACUACGGAACCUGGGCACAGAGGAGGCUGUGGUUGCCCUGGGUGAUGGGCUGCAGUGCUCCAGCGCUUUAUUCCGUCAUGAGAUCGGUUAUGUUCUCGGCCAGAUGCAACACCCAGCAGCCAUACCAGCACUGCGGGAAGCUCUGGAGCAUUCUAAGGAGAACCCGAUGGUCCGACAUGAGGCAGCAGAGGCUCUUGGGUCUAUUGGGAAAGAGGAGUGUCUGGCUGUGCUACAUAGUUACCUUAGAGACCAAGAACGUGUUGUCAAGGAAAGUUGUGAGGUUGCCCUGGACAUGCUGGAAUAUGAAAACAGUGAUAAGUUUCAGUAUGCAAACGGACUGGUCAAUCUGCAGAGCUAAUUAUUACCACCCUGUACCUCACAUGACUGGGACUUUGAUGCAUUACAUAGGAUUCCAAUCCAUGCUGGAUACAUGAGGAAUGUUAUCCUUCAUACUUCUCAGGUCCAGAAAGGUGUGGAAGAUAUUUAUUUCUUAAAUGUUUAUAAUCAUAAUACCAUUACUUCCUUUCUUACUUUCUUGAGUCCUUUUCUUCCUUUUUUUCUUUCAUUUUCUACCUUGUUUCCUACGGUCCCUGGUUUUUGCAAGUUCCAUAAAUACAUAUUGGGCUUCAGUAUUCUAUUGUUACAGCGAAUGUAACAGGCUAAUCAUUCAGAAAACUUUAGUCUGGAGAAGAUAUGUUGGAACCAUGAUAACACUCUGAAAAUAUACAGAAGUAAAAAUAAAUAAAUAAAAUGAAAUGCACUUUGGGUAAUUGGUUUUUAGUGCACUACUGCAGUGUUUUUCAACCCUGGUCCUCAAGACACACUACACUG